CAGUGGACAGCACUUGGAAGUGGCUGUCGUCGGAACUGAUGCCGUCCCUCCACCCAGAGCGUGGGUACAGCGGGCAGAAGCUGAGGUGGCUGGACAAACAGUUUCCUGUUGGAACAAACGCAUUCCGGAUCGGUCCUGUCCGCCUGGAGAGAACCACCAUCUAUCCAGAUGACCCCAUAGACUCAGACUUGGAGCGUAGUGGCUCUAAGCUGUAUCCUGAGCUGACGGUCAGGCAAAUAGAUGACGUUAUGGAGCGACUGAGUGGAGUCAAAUGUUCCCACAUAAGGAACACAAGUUCUGCAGACGAUGUUAGAAACGGAGCGAUGCCUGGAACAGUAGAAUGCUUCACAAUAGUGGACCUACCACGGGGUGCUGGUCAGGCUGCUGUAGUGAUAGACUUCCUACAACAGAACAACUGGAUCCUGCUGGUUUCUGACACUCUCAUCCUCCGGGCCAACUUCUACCACCCUGACGUCAAGCUGUUCAGCACUGUGGCCAUCACCCUGCAGUACAUCCCAGGGGGCGCUGUUGAACUGCAGCCAAACAUCCAGACCUUCCGACUGUUCCAGUACCAAACAACAGACGACUUCGUCCAGAUGCUUUUCCACAUCUUGUUCCUUUUCUUCUACAUCUACAACAUUCUUCACGAGAUCUGGAGCAUACGGAAGAGCGGUCGUGUCUACUUUAACAGUUUCUGGAACAUCUUGGUCCUGUGCGGGAUAGCGGUGUCCACGGCUGUUAUUGUGACAUUUGGACUACGUUACGUCUGGGCAGCUGCUGCAUUGAAUGAUAUACAACAAGCUGCAGGACUACAUGGCAUUAAUGAGUUUGUAGACAUCAGUGCGGCAAGCCAAUGGGACUCAACCUUUCAAUCGGUCCUGUCCUUCUCCAUCUUCAUCAGUACCUUCAGCAUCCUCCGAGUUUUCAAUUUCUCUAAGAACGUCGCAACCGUAUUCACUCUUCCUCGUUUGAUGUACCGGGAGGCCUUUGGGUUCCUGGCAUACAUGGUGAUCCUGCUACUGUCCUUUACCAUCAGCGGGAUCUUGAUAUUUGGGAAACACAUGAAGAGUUUCUCCGCCUUUAAAGAAACGUAUUACGUCUUAUUUGAGCUGGGAUUGGGGAUGGCGUUCAGUGACGUCUUCGGUGAUGACAUGAAGAGAGUGGAUAGUGUCCUGGGACCGCUGUACUACGCUACAUUCGUUCUAGUCUUCAUCUGCUGCCUGGUGAACCUAGCAGUCGGGAUGCUGUGUAACUGGCUGAGCUACUGUCAGACGUCAGACGACAUUGAGGUGGACACGGCGAUGGGAGAUUACUUCUGGAACUCCUUCAGGAGUCUUCUGGGCAUGCGCCAUGAGACUCGGUCCUUUGACGAUGAAGAGACACUUCCAGACCACUACAUGGACGAGACCUUCCAGCGGACAGAAGCGGUACUGCAAGAGGUGGACAGGGUCACUGACCUGAUGUACAAGUUCGAGUGCCGAGGCUUCCCGGAACUGAAGGUCAACGACACCGCAUGCGGAAGUGGCUUGAAAAUAUAAGCCACAAUUCAAGAUGGAACUUCUCUAUGCAUGCUAAAACUAUGAUGCGAUAUUGAGACCUUCUAUUGAG